AUGAGCGGCUGGCACAGAUACUAUGAAACGUUCGGCUCAGGCAAAUGUUGGGUGAAAAAUGGCAAUGAAUCUGCCGCAAUUUACAGAACCUCUCCAUAUCGGCUCAUUAUUCACCCUAAUUCCCUUCAUUCACUGCUCUCACACAACUCUUCAUACCCCGGAUCGCAGGAUUCAAGGAGAACGAGAGAAGUUGGACCAUAUAAUCGAAGCAGCCUAAAUAUACGGUCCCAAAUUUGUGCAUCCGUGCUUGGACGACUUUCAGACCAUCCAGGGCCAUUGUUAUCACUUGUGUUUCCAAGACUGCGCCACAGCUACGGUUGGCUCGUAAAUCGUAUUCAAAUACGAGACAUUUCGCAUGAGCUUCAAACACAAACGCGGGUUCACAGUUUAAGGAAAUUUCUUCUUUUACACUUGUUACCCCGUCUCAUCUACGCCAUUAGUUAUUCUAUCUUAGAAGGCGGCACCCAAUUCAUCACCUACAACGGCUCCAUAUCCGGAACCUUUACAUCCGCCAGCAACUCAUCCUGCGGCACUGGUCCACCAUUCUACUUCGACAACCUAGUGAACACUUCGCUCAGGAUUGGAGUAAAUCCACCUUGGGAUACCAAUCCGUUCUUUUUCGAAUUCGCUCAUGACGGAAAUAAUUGGCAAAUACUAGAAAGCGAUCAGCCGGUUUAUCUAAAAGAUAUAUCUGCCUCAACGCGUUCGGCGGCAAAAGAUGGACGUCGAUGUGGAACCUAUGAGAAUUCGCCGUGGUACUAUGUCAGUGCGGAGAUUGUGAAUUUGAGUGCUGCUACGAUUACAAUUACUACCAGUGUGCUACAGGGAACAAAGGACCCGGUUCCAUUGUAUGUGGUGGAAGGGGACGAGAAGACGUGGAUUAGUAAUGGAAUGGUUGAGAACGAGAGCAGUGACGCUUGUAGUGAGGGGUUCAGCUUCCAUUGUGGGAAUGCUGUUAUUUUUACCGACAACUUAAACUUCACCAACACAAGCAGUGCUGCCCUAUUCACACUAUCCGCUCCUUCAGGCAACAUAUCGCUUGCUUUCAGUGGCUCCCGCAUUGACCAUAACGACCAAAACUCCGAGCCGCAGAAUAACGGGAAUUAUACUGCCAUUUCUCUGGCGGAUCCAAGAGAUAAUGCAACACCGCUUUUCACCUUCGCAAAUGGGACUCAUAUUAAGUGGAAGGGGGGUAGUGGGACAAUUUGGAGUGCGGUAUCUGAUGCUUCGCAGGAAAGAGGUGAUAGGGGGAAUUGCUUUGAACUCUUUUGGGCUGUAAAAGUGGAUGGUGACUGGUCAAUUAUGACAACCCAAGAACAUAAAGAUUCAAAAAACCUACUUGAAAAGAUAUUUCUGUUUCUCAUCAAAUACAAGUGGCUUUCGCUAGACAUCGACCAAUUUAUUACCGCUGCCCGCUUGUUUCAGAAGCUAAAUGACAGUAUAUUCUUUGACGGCUCCUUGAAUGGAGAUCAACCAACCAAUGGUAGGACGCACCGCACCAUAUUGUAUUCAAAAAUUUCGUGGAAAAGUGUGGAUAGAUCGUGUAUUGCUCCGAUGCCUUUAUUUCUAACCAAGACGCAAAUGAUUACGCCAUGUUGCUAG